UUCCCUGAAAAGAUAGAAGGGGAGAGAGACAAAAACGUAAAAAGUUGUAUGUGUUGAAAAGUCGACAGAUUUUUAGUUUUUAAGAUACGAAACUUGCAUCCACGGGUACCUUAGAAUCUCGCCCAUUCUCGUGCUUCGCGUAGGGGAAGUGGUGGAGAAGCAUGAACCAACAGAACAGAAACAAACUGAUAUUCAGAAAGAGUAGUUAAUAUCCAUCGACUCUUCAUCGUUAUACAUAAGGAAGGGCAUCACAACGAAGGAGGCCGAGGACACGAAAUCGAAGCAAUCGUAAUUAUUCCAAACAGAAGCAGUAGUUCAAGGGGAAAGUCAAAAUUUCACGUUCCUAAUGUUUCCUGCGAUGGAAAACUGAGAUUUCCCGUCAGUCGAGUGGUUUCAAGUCUGUAGUUUUUUUUCUACUCUUGCAACCUUCUUCUGUCCAGUCCGUCAUUAUUAAACCGUAUUGAGCUAGAAUCAUCACCAGAAAUCUCCUGCCUCACACAUUGAUCAUAUUUGGAAUUUAGCAUCACUGGCAAACGUAGAGCGAACAUCAUAGCGAACCUGGCAUACACUGUCUUGUAUAGAAAACUUUGGAGGGGCUAGUUCAAAAUUUGACUAUCCAGAUUCGCGCCAGACCUUUUCAUCAAAUUCGAUCCUUCUCUAGAGGCGAAUGAACUGAAAAGUUUAAACCCUCUUAAAACCAAAAAGAAGAAGAAGAAAUCCGAUCCUGCUUGAAAACCUUGGCCUCCCGAUUUUUGUUUACAUACAAACACAUUCACAAUUUGGAUCGAAAAGUUCAUAUCCUCGUUUUCUAUUCCGUGCUACUGAACCUCGCGGCUCUCGGUGCUCCUAUUGGAUGUUGUGAUGUUCUCGAACGGGCUUCCCUGCAACCUGCCCUUUCCUAGCUGUCUCGGGGUGCCAAAAGAUAGUGGAAGCGACGAGCUGCUGCCGACUGCGAUGGGGAGCCGCGAGCCCGUCAUUCUUAACGUGUACGAUAUGUACUGGAUAAACGAAUACACGACCUCAAUCGGGCUGGGCGUGUUCCAUUCGGGUGUUGAAGUAUUCGGUACGGAGUUUGCUUACGGAGGUCAUCCGUAUCCUUUUACCGGGGUGUUCGAAAUUUCUCCCCGCGAUCACGAUGAACUCGGUGAACAAUUUCGAUUUCGACAAAGCAUACAAAUUGGCUGUACAGACUUCACCGAGGAGGAAGUCCGACGAAUUGUUGAGGAACUGGGGAACCAGUUUCGCGGCGAUCGAUACCAUCUGAUGAACAACAACUGCAAUCACUUCUCCGGAGCGCUAACACAGAUUCUCUGCGGGCAAGAGAUUCCAAGUUGGGUCAAUCGUCUGGCUCAUUUCAGUUCAUGCGUACCUUUUCUGCAGCGCUGUUUACCAAAAGAAUGGUUGACCCCCAAUGCCUUACAACAAUCGAUAACAGCCAUACAAGAUCGCGACUCGGAUUCCAGUCCAUUUUGAGGAUAGCAUGUAGCUAGUAGUAGUAUUUCUGACAGCGCGCCAAGCAUUGUCACUGGAGCGAACGACAACCAUACAACAGUGGAGGAGGAGCCCAAAUAGCACCAGGGUACAGUGAAAGCAAGACAGUAGCAGCGGUUAGACAGGUUGUGUUUGUGUUCUUGUUAAUUUUUGUAUAAUCCAUGUCUAUGUCUUCUUAGUUAUCCCACGCCAUUUAGUGUUAUUUGUAUAUUCGUUUUUCACGUGAGAUGAUGACCCCAAUCAUCACACAUAAUAUCUUCGUUUGUUUUAGCUUAGCGAUAUGUUUUAUCAAACAAAAAUGUGUAUUUCCUUUCUCCACCCCCGAUAUUAUCUUACCAAAAAAAAAACCAAGAGAGUGUGAACACAUCUGUAACAUAAAAAACCUUUGACGAACGGGCAAGGGAGAAUAUUCGUUUCACAUUGAACUUAAUAAUACAUAAGGAAGCAACUAGGAUAAGCGAACAAGCAACACAAGAAUAAUAGAGAAACAUGUAAUGAGAAUUACCUAUAUAAUAUAAAACAAAGUCUAUAUUGAACUAAACAAAAAAUAGUUGAAACAAGAAAGAUUUAAACACUGUUUAUACGGCAACUAAACACUAACGAUAUGAAAAGUAUCUUACUGAAUUUAUCAGUAUAUACGUGUGGAGAGGAACACUCAAAUCGCUCGAAACACUUAUUAAUGUAUGUUUUGUUGAAUAUACCGGGAGGUCGACAGAGUUUAUUCACGACAAUUGGAUAGAAGUGUUGAUACGGAAACGAGGAAAAACGAUUGGAACAUUCGGAUAAGAUGGAUUCUAACCAUGACUAGUAGGGUAACAAACGUGAGCGUAAUAUCAACGAAACAAAUAAGUAUUUAACGUUGAUACUAUAAAUAAAGAGAGUCGUUCUAUUCGAAGUAACAAGCGCAUAGACCAAUUGAAGUUCGUGUCGCCCGGCAACAAAUCAUUUCCGGAUAGGAAGCAAGUCAACCACUUCUACUUCAUUUAUUGAGGGGAAGCGAAAACAAAUAACAUUAAGUUUUUACUAAUUAUUCGUUGUGUCGUUUUUUCUGUCAGAUCCAUCACUACAAACGUCGAACAAAACCAACUCCACAGACAGACAAAUAACAUAUUUCCUCUGAAUUUAUUUUUUUACAAAACGCGUGAAUACACACACAUAUUAUUAUCUUACCCGAUGAUCAUCAUUGCGGUGAGAAGUGAAGGCAAAGUUACAGCAUCCAUAGUAUUUAAUAAGACUAAGGGAAAAAUAAACCUAAACUGAGCAUAGAAAUCGAAUCAGUGAGAACGAAGAAGCAGAGCAAACAUUUUGUAUUAUAUACUCCUUACCAACAAACAAAUGCCAUUUUUCUUCAACUCCUGUUUUAUUAUUAAAUAAAUCAAUGAAAUGAAUAAAGAUAUUGACAAACUAAAA